AUGGGGAAUGUGGGAAUUGGGGAGGAAGUGAUUAUAGAGGGGAGUGUUGGCGAUUGGGUAGGAAGAGAAGGAAGUAGCAACAUGAGAGCAGAGGUGGAGAAUCAACAUGAGAAUGGAAGGGACUUUUGCGAAAUGAGGAGGGGAUGUGAGAGGAUGAUGGGGAGUUUUGACAUGAAUUCUCGGUCGGCAACGCUUUUUGCUUUUCUACCUUCAUACUCGACUCAAAGAAGCGCUCCUUGGAGCACUCCCCAAAAAGCAUUUUCGCAAUACCCAUCUGUUCACACAAGCGUAUGGUAUGGUAAUCGGUUUCGUCAUUGGUCAUUGCCAAGCGCCUCUGUACGCCCAUUCGCCCCAAAGUUGGCGAUGGCGCUGACACCAAACCCUAGAUCUCGUGCCUGCGCGCUGCGGCCUCGAGUGGUGACUCUGCAUAUGCUCAUCUUCUUCUCAUCCGCUGCCGUAUACUCCAAACACAUCAUCGAUUUCUUCUCGCACGUCUCCUCUCCCGCGGCUGAGGUCACUUCUUGCUCAAAAACCUCCAACCUUGGCCAUACGCUCCCGCUCUCGAUCCUUGGCUUCUUGUGCAGCCUUCUCCUGUCUUCUUGAAGAGCUCUGCGUUUUCGCCAGCAAAUUCCUUCAGCGAGAUCAGGAAGUCGCGAAGGAGGGUCUUGAAUUUGGGAAAGUCUCGGUCGAGGCGAAGAGAUCGGUAAUGAAGGUGGUGAUUUGUGCGGGUUGGAGAUUCGGGAAGGCGUUUGCAAGCAGGCUGGCAACGAACUGCUGCAGGAAGUCCUUGUUCGAGGUGCCGGCCGCGGCUUGGUCUUCAGUAUAAAUGGGCUGCGAGAUCUUGUUCGCGCCAACAAGCCAGAAGAGACGCGCCAGCAACAAGCACUGAUAUUUGAAGCCGGCCUUGUGGUCCGAGUCCGUAAGCACAAAGAGCACAUCUUGCAGGAUGGUUGUGUAGAAGCUCUGGAAGAACGCAUCACAUGUAGACUGCUCGGUGUGACUCGCCAUGUUCUCAAUAAGCUCAAUGCACAUGUUCAAGCCCUCGCCCUCAACCAGACGGUUGUCGUGCUUGGACGCCCACAUGCAGCUGUCAAUGACAAGCUUGAAGUGCGCCUGAUCAAGCUUCAUGAGAGCUGGGAAGCAUCGCUGGUUAAUGGCUCGGAGGAGCUUGAAGAACUCGACGCGAUGUUCUGGGUACUCGGAGAAGUCCUUGUUAAUCAUGUCGAGGGUGCACUCGAAGCAGUUAUCGAGGA